UACAAUGUCAGUACACUGUGUUACAAUUGUGACUUACUUUACUGUUUCAUUAAACACCCAAAAGUGUCUGCAAAAUAUCCAUGCGGCUUGCUGAUCAUUUUCCAAGUGCUCCAAUUGGUUCUGUUGAAAAACAACGUGACGUUUAAGCCAUAGUACAGAAAAAAUCACAGCGGCUGCCAUUUCUCUUCUUCGCUUUAGUCCAGUAGGUGGUGAAAAUCCUUUUAUGUUUGCCAACAUCCAUUUAAAAUGUCAGAAAUGCCACAAAUUUCUACAAAAAGUUCUAACGCGCACAUAUAACUCCUAUACUCUUCCAAUGCCAAUAGUUCACAGCUGCGUACAGUAAGCAGUUCAAAGACCCCCGCUGAUUAGAUUCAUAAACUCCUGCUCAGUCUGAUGGUCUCUCAAAUCCUCUGGUACCAAUUUAUUCACAAUGUUCUCCAUUGGGAGCAGGUCCUUCAGCGCAACGGCCCCUAGAUGCUGGAACCCUCUCCCCCUGCAUCUCCAUAAAAUAUCCUGCCUUCACAACUAAACAGAAAACAUUUGUUUUCUUGGUGAUGUUGAAAUGUUCUGUCUGAAAUUUUGCCAUUUGUUUUUUUUUUUCUGCUUAUUUUCUUCAAUUUCUAGUAUCUAUGUCAUGUACUUUCUCUUUUUAUUUCUGUUCUAGUUGUUGCAGUUUUUUUCUGUACUUAUCUCAUUAUUAUUUUAUACUUAAUUAUAUUACUCAUACUCAUAUUAUACUUAAUUAUUAAAUUAAGUAUAAUUAAACCAGAUAUGAGAGAUCAGUUGGUAUAAUAAAACAUUUUAUUUGGUUGGUAUAUUUUUGGAUGCAUAGCAAACAAUUUUUACCUGCUUUUGCCUACUAAAAAUUUCAAAAGAACAAAACAUAUUUUGCAUGAAUAAAAAUUUUUUUUUUUUUGCAGUGACAUUUUUAUGAAAAUAAUGUCAAUAACAGCCCUCACAAAUUUCAGUAGCAUAUUGUAAUGUGAAAAAAUCUUGUUCUCAUUAUUAUAAUAUGAAAAAAUAUAUAUUUAAAAAUAAAUUCCCUUGUUAUAUUUUGCCCCAAAAUAAAAGGAGCUACAUUUACUUACAAUAAAUGUCAGUAAUGGCCCUCCCAAAUUUCAGUAGCAUACUGUAAUGCGAAAAAAAUCUUGUUCUCAUUACUAUAAUAUCAAAAAAUAUAUAUUUAAAAAUAAAUUCCCAGAUUAUAUUUCACCCCAUAAUCAAAGAGCUACAUUUAUUGACAAUAAUGUCAAGUAAUGGCCCUCUCAAAUUUCAGUAGCAUACUGUAAUGUGAAAAAAAAUUGUUCUCAUUACUAUAUCAAAAAAAUGUUUCAAGUACAUUUGUAAAGAACAAUUAUUUACAUCAUGACAGUAUUUGUACUUUAAUAUCUGCUUAUUUUAUAAAAUAUUUGCUUUUUUAUUAAAAAUGUGCUUAAUUGUCAUUAAAAUGUCACAAAGCAAAAAUAAAAAAAAAACCUUUCUAAUCAUAAAAGUUAUUUUUAUUUUUAAAAAAAAUAUAUAAUAAUUUUGAAUUUUUAAAAAUAUAACCUGAACAUUUCUUUGCGAGAUUCAUCCAAACACUUCCAUCAGGAAAAACAAAACAUGCAAAAUCAUGUUCAACAAAAACAAAAAGUUCUUUGUUAAUUGUAUUGUUCAGUUUUUCAUUGUAUGCCCAAGUGUAAAGUAUCCUACACAUAAUCACUUUAAUGGUGCUUUUGGAGAGUCCCAACUUGCAGCGCGAUGUGAUUAUUAAAUUCAUAAGAGGCACAAAUUCCUCUCGAGACCAUUUACUUAUCACACCUGGGUUUUUUGUUGUCCAUGUGCAUGCUUACAGCUACACCAUUUGCAUGUGAGCAAACAUCUUAAGAACAAGUCUCAUGGGAAUCAUUGCCAUAUGAGACGAAACAGUGAAAAGAUCUGAAGUUCUCCGACUUUUGUCUAGUUUCACAGCAGCAUCAUAAUCAUGAACAACUCCUCAAUGUGCUGCACUUAUGAAACACCCAUGCUGGACCAAUUCCUUCCCCCUGUAAUGUUCACGGAAUUCAUAUUGGGCCUUAUGGGGAAUGUCCUCGCCCUCUCGAUGUUCUUCUACCACAGGGACACCUGGAAGCCCAGUUCUAUUUAUCUUGCCCAUCUAGCUCUGGCGGACUCAUUGGUCCUUUUCUGCCUUCCUUUCAGGGCCGACUACUACCGCAGGGGCAAGGACUGGGUCUACGGAGACGCUUUUUGCCGUAUUUUGCUGUUUCUUUUGGCCACGAACAGAGCCGGCGGUAUAUUCUUCCUCACUGCCGUCGCCGUGGAUCGAUACCUGAAGAUCGUCCACCCUCUCAACCGCAUCAACCGCAUGGGUGUGCGCUACGCCCUGUGGGUGUCUGUUGGCCUUUGGGUUCUCAUUAUAGCCAUGACUGUCUACCUGUUAACAGACGAACAUUUCUACUAUCUAAACAACCACACGCAGUGCGAGAGCUUCAACAUCUGCUUUGGGAAUAAUUCACGGUUCACCUGGCACAAUGUGUUCUACGUUAUCCAGUUCUUUGUACCGACGGCCAUUGUAAUCUACUGCACAACCUGCAUUACAUGGCAGCUGAAGAGUAAGACGGUGGACACACAGGGCAAAAUCAAGAGGGCAGUGCAGUUUAUCUUAGCAGUGGCUGUGGUUUUCAUCAUAUGUUUCUUCCCGAGCAACAUCUCACGUAUUGCCAUGUAUGUCCUGAAGCUCUGGUAUAAUGAAUGCCACUAUUUCAGCGAGGCAAAUGAUGCGUUUAAAACCACCGUCUGCUUUACCUACUUCAACAGCGUACUCAAUCCCAUCGUCUAUUACUUUUCAAGCCCCGUGUUCAGUGGAUCCUUUAGGAGAAUCUGCAUGAAACUUCUAGGAAAGAAAAUUGAGGAAUAAUUAUAGUUCUGUGAUAAUAUUCUGGCCCUGUCCCAAAUCCUAAGCUCUCGCAGUUCAUUAAAAAGUCCACAGUUUGGCAAAAGUGUAUUCAAAGGGGGCACUGGUGAUGUUACUAAAGCCUAAAAUGACAAAUUGGACAUUCUACACAGUCUCAUGGACUUAUACACUCGCACGCAAUCACAAAAAAAGUGAACAUAAAGGGUGCCGUUUGGGACAGGGCCACAGUGUGUGGUUUUGACAUUAUACAGUAGGAUAUAUAUUCAUUUAAAUGUAAAUGAUGCCUGCCAAUAUAUACUCUAUAUAACGCAUCUAUGUGAGACAACCUUCAAAAAAUGUAUUAACCAAAACGGUACAUAUUAUAUUUAUAUAAAUAUUUUCAUCACAAUGAAUAAAAAAAAUAAA